UUCAGCGGGUUUUUCAACAAACCGAAAAAUCGAACUUUAGGUUUAAACUCAACAAUAAACUAAUAGCAUGGACCUAUUCAGCGAUCCAUCCCUAGAGCGCCAUUUUACUGGCCACACUAAUGCAAUAACCCAGCUACGUUUUAGCCCAGACAGCUCUCAAAUCGCUACAAGCUCUCUGGACCAUCAUGUUAUUUUGUGGAACUUGAAGCAAGCGGCACGAUGCAUUCGCUUCUCCUCGCACACCGGACCAGUCCAUGGAGUAAGCUGGUCUCCCAAGGGUAACCUAAUUGCCUCUGCUAGCCAAGAUCGGACAGUUAAGGUGUGGGAGCCCAAAGUGCGUGGCAUGUCUGGUGAAUUCUUGGCACAUGGCAAACCCGUGCGUAGUGUGGACUUCGAUGCGACCGGGCAGUUCGUUGUAACUGCUUCCGAUGACAAAUCGUGCAAAUUAUGGCGCGUCUCACGCCGACAGUUCAUCACAUCCUUUGCGAAACAAAAUAAUUGGGUGCGUGCUGCCAAAUUUAGCCCAAAUGGUGAACUUGUAGCUUCGGUAAGCGAUGACAAGUCACUGCGCAUCUAUGACGUAAAGUCGGGCGAGUGUGUGCGUUGUUUCACAAUGCAGCAAGCCCCGCCAAGGCAGCUUGCCUGGCAUCCGAUGGGCAACAUGGUGGCAGUGGCCCUCGGCUGCAACCGCAUCAAGAUCUUUGAUGUGGGCGGCUCACAGAUACUACAACUAUACUUGGUACAUUCUGCUCCCGUGAAUGAUGUGGCCUUCCAUCCAAGUGGCAAUUUUCUGAUCAGUGGAAGUGACGACAAGACCAUACGUAUUUUGGAUUUGUUAGAGGGCAGACCCAUCUAUACGCUGACGGGACAUACGGAUGCAGUGAACGCGGUGGCCUUUACACAGGAUGGCUUAAAGUUUGCUUCGGCAGGCGGUGAUCGUCAGCUUCUCAUUUGGCAAUCCAAUCUGCACACCUAUGAUGCGUCACAAUUCGAAGCCAAGGCGACAUCUUGUUGCGACACCAGUGGUACUUUUUCUGCGGAGCCAAGCCGCUCCGGCUCGGCUACUUCAAAUGAUCUAAGCAUUCGCAUCGAUCCACGAGAGUCUAUGGCCUACCAGGCACUAGACGAAAACUUCCAGGUGCUUAACAGCGAACACAUUAAACAAGAAACACAAUGUGCCACAAAGAUGGCAACGACACCGGAUAAAUCACCCAACAUGAAAAUUAAAUGCAAAAAAUUUUGUAAUUAGCCGGAGUUAAAAGAACAGUCUGAUGUACCACUUUAGCCUCCCACAGAUGCUGGAUGUGUCGCUCGAUUCUGUUUCAGAAUGCUGUUCAACGCAUGACCAGCUUGCCGAGCUAAGCACCCAGGUGGCACAGCUAGACAAACGUAUCCGACGCUUAGAACAACUGUACUUUAGAUGAACAUUUGAGCAGGUAGAGAUUUUGUGAACGGUUAUUUGAAUAUAAAUAUGUUUUAUGUUUAUUAUUUUCAAUUGAUUAGUAUAUUAUUAAAAUUUAAUACAUUUGCAUUAUUAAA